AUGCAGGUCAUGGAGACUCGCAAGACGAAGCUCGGCGCGGAGCAUCCCGACACGCUGGCGAGUAUGGCCAACCUAGCUUUCACCUUGAAAUCUACCGGCCGUCGUUCUGAAGCGAUCGAUUUGCUAAGAACCUACGUGACCAAGCAGCAACGAAUUUUAGGUCCUGCUCAUCCCCACACUGUCUCUAAUUCUGAUACUCUGCUAGCCUGGGAAACGGAGGAUCUGGCAAUCUAG